AUGAAAAAUUAUAGUAUGUCAAAAGUCUGCUUCUCUAAACCUCCAAAAGCAGCACAGCUUCCGUACAUGCUGGACACAGUACAGCUGUGCAUUAUGGGAAUUCUUACUAUCCUCACCACAAUCUCAGUCAUACUCUAUCUGGAAGAGGCCGUGUAUCUUAGAAAAAAAGUGAAGUGCAUGGUAAAGAGAAGAACAUCUUUAUGGAGCAGUGCAGCCCCUACAAUCAUCUCAUUUUUCACCUGUUUGGGUCUGUGGAUUCCUCGUUCAACCGGUUUUAUAGAUAUCGCUGUGGGCACGUAUUUUGCAGUCUGUUUCUACCUGAUAUUGAUGGUUAUAAUUGAAGGCUAUGGAGGAAAAGAUGCACUUGUGAAGAAAUUAGAGAACACGGAGGUACACCUCAACACAGGGCCAUGCUGCUGCUGCUGUCCCUGCCUUCCCCGCUUCAAACUUACCAAGAAAGGAAAAUUACAGUAUUUGAUACAAUUUUCCAUUUUCCUUUACUUGGUAUACCAUAUAACCAAUGCAUGUACAGCCUAUGUGUCAUCUUGUGUAUUCUGUGUCUUGCAGGUAUCAACUCACAGCAUUGCCUUGUGGAUGAGCAUUUCUCUUGGUUUCUGCACUGUAAUAGCACUGUGGCCCAUUGGAAUACUUUUCAGAGAGGCCAAAGUUCACUUGGCUGAGAAGAAUAUGGCAACAAAAUUUGCAGUUUUUCAGACACUUCUCAUCCUCACCACUUUACAAGCGUCAAUCUUCAAUAUCUUGGGCAGUUCUGGAGUUCUUCCUUGUGUCCCCCCCUAUUCAUAUAGAGCCAGAGCCAGCAGUGAGUAUCCAUUUGGUCUCAUAAGUAUCAAAAAUUACAUUAGUAAUUAA